AUGGUCAAGCUCAAGGCCGAGGCCAAGUCCAAGGCGUUCCGCAUCGCCAAGGAGCAUAUGUCCAAGCCUGCGUCGCACGAGGCUAAGCAAGCGAGGAUGCCGAUUGCCGACAUCGUCGCCUCGUUCAUCGCCAAGGACGACCCCAAGCUCUCGACCUCGACAUCAACUCGGCGCUCGACUCGGCGCUCGCCGGCGCGUUCGCGUCGCGCGACAUGCACGUCCUCGCUCCUCAUGUCGGCGUCGGCCACACCGACCGGCGAGCUCGUCCGUCGCAAGUAGAUCCACAACGUCCACGGCGCCCCGUCAUACCGCUGUGAUCAACUCUGACAUGCUCAACUUCCCGGUCGUCGGGGUCGUCAACGACAAGCUCCAUACCGUUCGCGCCCGCCGCUCCUCCGGGUCGGCGCCGUGUGGCACCUCGCGCACCUCGCCCAUGCUCCAGG